AUGGCGCAGGACGGAUGCCAGCCGAUGGAGCGCUUCUCCUUCGCGAAGAACGGCAGCGCGCAGAAAUCGUGGGCGUCGUGCCCGUCGUCUAGGAACGACGCGUACCCCGCGGGCGGCGGCGGCGGCGGCGGCGGCGGCCCCGCGGGAGGAAGCUACGCGACGCGGCCCUACUCCGUGAGCGGCUACGUGAAUGGCUACAACCCGUCGCUUCCGGCGUAUCCGCCGACGCGCGCGCAGAUCGAGGCCGCGGCGAAGCGCGGCGGCGGCGGCGGCGGCGCGCCCGCGCGCGCCGGCGGCGGAUACUCCGGCGAGAUCGCGGACCAGAUGAGCGCGCAGAUCCGCUUCGAGCAGCGGCGCGGCGGCGGCGGCGGUCCGACGAUGCCCCCGCCCCCCGGGCAGGACUUCAGCAAGCUGUCCGAAACCUCCGGCGGGCUCACCUACGGCGGCCACGGCGCGUGGGACGGCCCCGCGCCGCGCGGCGACCCCACCAAGCCCGCGCCCGGGACCCCCUACUACGUUCGCGCGCCCCCCGAGCCCGCGCACGACCCGAGCAAGGAGGAGCGCGACGUCAAGCUCGGCGUCGGGGAAGACCGCGGGCGACUCCCCGUCCUGGGCUGCGACGCCGCGCACGCCGCGAUCGCAAUCCCUCUCGGGUACCGCCACAUCAGGUGCGGCGGGAGCGACGAUCCGCAUCUUCCCGCGGUCGCGGCCGCGAUCGCUGCGGCCGGGCCGGUCGGCGGGCGCGACGCGCUGUUCGUCUCCGCGAAGCUGUCGCCGUCGGACGUCGCGAGCGGCGACGUCGCCGCGGCGACGGCGGCGAUUCUCGCGUCGCUGAAGAUUCAAAAGCUCGACCUCCUGUCCAUCGAGUGGCCCACCGGCGACGCCGCGACGCUCGCGCGGACGUGGAGCGCGCUCGAGGCGCUCGUCGCGUCCGGGAAGACGACUGCGAUCGGCCUCGCGAACGCGUCCGUGCCCGUCGUGGAGUCCGUCUGUAAAGCCGCGACGAUCAAGCCCGUCGUGAACGAAGUCGAGGCGCACCCGCUCAUGGCGCACCGGAAGCUCGUGGGCGUGUGCCGCAGGUACGGCGUCGUCGCCGCCGCGCACGCGCCGCUCGGGGGGUUACACGCGACGCUACUGACGCACCCGAAGUUGCUCGAGGCGGCGAAGCUCGGAGGAGGAGGCGCGGAGAAGGACGGGCGAGGGGUGGACGGGAAGAAGAGCGCCGAGGAACUUCUCGCGCGGUGGUCCGCGCAGAGGGGCGUGCCGUUCGCGCUCGACGCCGGCGCGUCCGAGGAGACGGUCCGCGCGGUCGCGAACGUCCACGCGUUCCGUCUCACGAACGCGCAGAAGGUUCUCAUCGACGGCAUGGAGCCGCCGCCGCGGGAGGGGGGGGUUCGGUUCGUGAACCCCCCGGCCGGGAUCGACUUCGCGUUCGACGAUCCGUUCCUCGGCGGCGUCGCGAGGCCGGGUCUUGACUUGGAGAAGGCUGGCGCGCUGUGAUGGACGCGACGCGACGGACGAUCGUGUGCGCGCGAGGCGGAGGACGAGGAGGACGAGGAGAUGAGGGAGAGUGGGACGACGACGACGCGACGCGCGCGUCGUCGGAGUCGCGUUGCUUUGCUUAAUACAGUUACUGUAGACCGC